UUCGAAGAUUGUAUUGUGAAGGCUACUGAUGCAUGUGUAUGUGUGUGUAUAUAAACACAUGUGAUUUAGACCUUUCGUCCUCUGCCCAUUUUCCCCAAUCGAAACUUUUUUAUGAUUCAUGGCCAUCACUUGAUCCCAGAAACAGCAACCCAAUAGCAAUAAUACUCCUGUAUAUUGUUUUUUCAAGCUCUUCGUCUCUCUCUCUCUCUCUGUUUUGGGUUCUUGACUGCGUGAUGCAUCCACAAUUCUCGAUUGGGAUUCACCAGAAAAAGGUAGGUAAAUGAACCCUACUUAUUGAUUUUUGUUCUUGUUUUCAUUGGUUUGCCAGUGUGUGUCUGUAAUGAAAUUUACCUAAACAAGUGUCUGGUUUGAAUUGUUGCUUGUGUGUGUGCCUGAAGAAGACAUGAAUUAAACAUGGAAAUUUUGACGAUUUGAGGGGUUAGCCAUCAAUAGCUGCAGAGGGAUCUAAUGGAGGACAAGAAACUGAAUUUCAAUCGACCCCUUUUAUCAGUGAGAAGAACUGCACCUACAGAAAACACCCAUGUCCGAAAAACAAACAAUCCCAUACCCCCCCUACCCCUACCCAUACCCAGUCUUCCUCCAAACAGACCUGAACUCAAAUCGGGUCCAAUCACGAAUCCCGGAUCCGUACCGUUUCUGUGGGAACGGGCGCCGGGACAACCUAAGAAAGACAUCAAAAUUCAAGCUGUCGGCAUUACUGUAGCCCCGAUCGGCCCAAAGCUUCCUCCGGGGAGGUACAAUGGCAGCAAGAAUCAACCAGCUAAUGCAUCUAAACACACCAAUAACAGCCAAGCUGUUGAGGAUCAAAAUGCUAAAACUGCUGAGAACAGAGGAGCAACAAUGGAGGAGAAAGCUUCUGAUUCGGUGGACAGCGAUGGGGAAUAUGAAGAUGCACUAGACUCUCUCUCCAAAACCGAUGCAUCUUCCUUUUUCAAUUGUAGAAUGAGUGAAUUGGAUGGAUUGGACGACGGGGAUCGAUCGGGAGAGGUCUCUGUCGAUUUGCAUAAUCAAGCACUCAUGAUGGAUCGGUUUCUUCCAGCUGCAAAGGCUAUGGCUUUGGAGGCGGCGGCGCCGCCUCUAAAGAAACCUUUACCCAAGGAAGAAAGGCCGCCGCCGCCGGAAAAGCAGAGAUUGAAUCCGUCGCUCCGGUAUGGACAUAGUUUCACAAUGCGGUAUUCUCAUUGCCUGGAGGAGGAAGAAGAAGAAGAUGAUGAUCAAGAAGACGAUCGUCGGAGCCGUAAUUCUAGAAUAGCUUGUGGCUUGCUUCUGCCGUUUUGCUCGAAGAGUUCAUUUGGCCUUAUAAAUUCCAUUCAGGCGCCGUUGUCUUCAGCUCGAAAAUGGCGACGUGGCAGCAAAAUUCGAACAGCCAGGAUCGAUGAUGAAGGAGGGGAUCGUUUAGAAAGCCUUAGCACAUCAAUGGCAAUGGAACCUUGCACGAAUCGUGAAGAAGCUCGGAUCGAAUGCCCUGGAUUGACGGGGAAGGGAUCGAAGACCUUUCAGGAAUUAUUGGCUGAAGACACCGGUAGCCACGAGGAGUCGGAUUCGGGAGGUUCUGUUGUUGAGAAAACUCUUUAUAUCGAUGCAGUGCACAAGUUUGAAUCAAAGGUCGAUCCGAGUUUGAGAGAAGGAAGUUGCGCAGGCAUCGAUCAAAGUGAAAAGAUCGAUUUGGUUAUGCGAGACGAGGCAUCGAAUGAUAAAUGCACGAUGGAGAUGUCAACGGCUACGUACAUACAAGAUAAGGCGCGGAAGAGUUUAGCACCACCGUUGCCGAAAUCCCCGGCUGAUUCGUGGCUCGGCCGAGCAUUGCCUUAUAAGUCCACAAAGAGUCCGACUCUACGAUCGUAUCUUCGAGCAGAAAGUUCUAGAAACUGCGGCUCCAAGGCGCCGGCGCCGGCAAAUGAUGGUGCCAAGUGGGAAACUUUGGUGAAAACGACGAGGAUGCAGCAGGUUAAGCGACAGCUGCAUCACUCUGAGGGAUUUAUGACAGCCGUACCUGAAACUUAAAAGGGACAAAUGAAAUAAAAUCUUUGUAUAUGUUGUAAUAUAUUUAUUAAUGUAUACAAAUACAAAUACGAAUACGAAUAAUGUGGGGAUGGCUCCUUCGUUGUCGUUGUACUAUGUUUUAGCCCAUUGUUGAUUAUGUGGACCUUCCGACCUUCUAAUAUAUUAUGGGCCAGUUGUCUUUAUUUCAAGAUUUCACAAUAGUAAUAUCAUUUUUUUUUUU